AACAUUUCGAGUUGUUUAUUUUCCGGAUCCAUGGUCACCAUGACAACAGUGUCUUCUAAACCCUUGCAAAUGUUGGAAAGUCUUCAUUCCGUCGAGCGACCACUUAGUGCCAACACGACUGAGCUGAACUUGACUGUUUUUUUGGCGACAAGAUCGACUCUUUCCAUGAUGAAAGGUGACAUGAAUUCUUGUUUGAAAGAUCUGCAGAGCCAGGUGGAAAUUCUGCAGCAACAGCUGACUGAGUCCAGGACUGAGAACAAGCUCCUCAAAAAAGACCUUAAAACCCAAAGAAUGGAGGUGUGGCACUACCAGGAUGAAAACGUCGACCUGAUUGAGGUAACCAGCAAGCAGAAGAGGAAGAUCAAAACUUUGAAAAAGUUGCUUGAAGAAACCUCUGGUUGUCGUGACAACUUGGCAAAGCAGCUCCAAGAGACGGGAGAGCGGCUGGACAACACACAGAACAACCUCCAACAUAGGGAGCAGCCCAGCCAGAUGGAGAAGCUGGAGGAGCUCACAGAGAAACUGGAUGAGACCACCAUGGAGCUGAAGGAGAAGAACUGGAAGAUAGAGUUGUUGGAGGAAAUGCUUGAAAUCAACAAAAUCCUGAACGACUUUCAACAAUUGAAGCAUGAAGCAGAGACCUUUCUACUCAGAUUUGAUUCUGCUAAAUUGCAUGAGCAAAUCGAUCAGCAGAGCAGAGACAUCAAGAAAAAGCAGAAAAAACUUGAGAAGAUUAAGAUUUCCUCCAGAAAGUUCUCUGGAGAAACUUGCAAAAAAGCAAACAAGAUGGUGCAGACGGAUGGAGAUGACCUCAUCCCACAGUCUGCAUCACGCAAGUCCAAGCGAGUCCGCUUUGCAGCUGAAACCAGCAAACAUCAACGAAGCACCGUUACCACGUUUUGUGACAGACCAGUGGAGGGCUCCUUUCCUCCAGAAAAACGCCUGGACAAGAUCAAUCCAGCUGAUCUAUUGAAGGAAAAGCUCCAAGAAGAUCCUCAGGAGUUUGCAGAGUCUUCAAAGAGCAGCCAUGUUGGCAGGAGCCCCAAGCGCCGGAUCAGGAGGCACUAUACACCUAAAAACAACGCUCCUCAAAAUCCACCAGAGCCAGAGCCAAGCUGGUUGAAAGAACCAUCAGGGAGACUGAGGACAUUUUUCAACCACCUCAAGAGGCUCCCUGAAUACAUUGUGAAGACUGUGAACUAGAACUAUAAAUAAUUAUGUGUAAAUAUUUCAAACUGUAAGUAUAAAAUCUGUAAAAAGUUCCAACUGUUGGAAAUACAUCUUUGUGAUCAUUUUA